CUCACCAUGCCUGAACCCGCAAAGUCCGCGCCUAAGAAGGGCUCCAAGAAAGCCGUGACCAAGACCGCAGGUAAAGGCGGCAAGAAGAAGAGAAAGACCAGGAAGGAGAGCUAUGCCAUCUAUGUGUACAAGGUCCUCAAGCAGGUCCACCCCGACACCGGGAUCUCCUCUAAGGCCAUGAGCAUCAUGAACUCGUUCGUCAAUGACAUCUUUGAACGCAUCGCUUCUGAGGCCUCUCGUCUGGCUCAUUACAAUAAGAGGUCCACCAUCACCUCCAGGGAGAUCCAGACCGCCGUGCGCCUCCUGCUGCCCGGUGAGCUGGCCAAGCACGCAGUGUCUGAGGGCACCAAGGCUGUGACCAAGUACACCAGCUCCAAGUAAACUGGACCGAACCAUGUAUAUAAACCUAACGGCUCUUCUAAGAGCCACCCACUGUGUUUAAAGAUGGACUUCUUUUUUUCUUGAUAACGUGGAAUUUUUUAGUAGGACAUG